GGACAAAACUAAUCUGGCAAAAAUCUGGAAUUGGCGCACCAAUAAGUUUCUUUAUGCCUGGAUUUCCUUCAGUGUUUGUUUCUUUCCAACAGAUGCUGACUCAAUGAGAGGACAGAAGAUUGUUUUUUGGGGGCAGAAAGGCCACUAUGUUAAACUACGACAAGAAAUGCCUGCAAAUCUAUGUUUUUUUACUCUAUGCUUAGAUUUACAAAGAACUACUAACACCAGUGAUUGGACUGCAUUUACAUACCACACAGAUCAAUCAAAAUAUGCAGGACGUGACCCAGUACAAGAGCUUGGAAUAGGCGGCAUUGGGAAUGACCUUGUAAUUUGGCUGUUUGGUAUCACAGUAAAGAUCACUAAAAAAAUAUCUUUAAAUAGCUGGCACAUCAUGUGUCUUACAUGGAAUUAUAACAACAGUUAUUUAUCUGUACAGUUGAAUAGCACAGUGAUACUGUAUAAACAGAUAUACACAACACCCAACAGAUGUCUAGCCCCAAAUGGAACUUUGGUGCUGGGGCAGUUUCAUACAUGGAGCAAUGGUAUAAAUAUAAUUGAUGGCAAAAACUUUCUUGGAAACUUGUACUUCUUCCAGUUAUGGAAUAAUAAACCAAAGGAUACUGUGGAAGUUGAAUGUUCUGAAGGAAACAUCAUUAGGUGGACUACAAGUUUUUGGGAGUUUGAGAAACUUCAACCAACCAAUGAUGAGAAUCUCCGUUGUGCAAGAAUUAUACAACCAACAACUUUAUCAACAACUACAACAACCACAACCCUGUCAUCCCAUGCAGCUACCACGUUUACUGCUAUCACAUCCUCAGCAAAAGUUACACAACCAACAACUUUAUCAGCAGGUACAACCACUACAACCCUAUCAUCCCAUGCAGCUACCACGUUUACUGGUAUCACAUCUUCAGCAAUAAUUACACAACCAGCAUCUUUAUCAACAACUACAACCACCACAUCACUAUCAUCCCAUACACCUACUGUGUUUACUAUCAUCACACCCUCAGAACCACCAGUGGACAUCAGUGCCAAAAGCACCACUGUAACUACUACCCAUCCAGUGAUCAGCACCUCUCCUGUUACCACCACCACCUCAGUUUCCACCAUCCACUCCAUAAAGACAUCAGCUUGUACUGUUUCUACUACCAUCAUUCCAACGUAUCCUGUUGUAACGUCAUCACCUUCUGAAGCUUCCUUCUAUAGCGCUGAAGUAAAUAUUACAAUUGAACACACUCCUUCGUCAUUUAACAUUGAAACAGCAAAGGACUAUGUUGGAAAAUGGCUUAAUUCUAUUUUCAAUAAUACACAGCAGAGUGUUCAAGAUUUCAUCGUUCAAGAAAAACAAGCAAGGUAUGAUGCCUCAGGAGGUGGUACAACAUGUAAUAAUCUAAAGAAAAGGGAUCUAAGUAGUACCAGUACACAGAAACAAAGUAGCACCAUUUCAGACAAAAAGAGCAAUACCGACUUGAGCAGAGAAACUGUUACCAACGUAAUCGAUGAAAGCAGUGAACAGACUAACAAGCAAAGCAAUGCCAGCUCAUGCAGUCAAAGCUGCACCAUUUCUGACCACCAAAGCACUACCCGCUCAAGAAAUAAAAGAAGAACUGACCUGAGUAAUCAGAGUAAUAUUACCACAAUCAAACAAAGCAAUAUCAGCUCGAACAAACAAUAUAGUACCGACUCAACCAAAGAAAGUAAAGGCAGUACAAAGGCAUCCAGUAGCUACUUCUCUAGAAUCGUACUGCGGGCUGUGGCAAACACCGAUGAAGAGAGGACAAUUGAAGACAUAAGGUCCCACCUCAAUAAUUCAUACUUGGAGGAUAAUUCUAAGACAGUUGUGAAAGCAUUGUUUCCCGUAAAAGUCACAAAAAUGGGUAAUGUUCUUUUCAGUAUUUAG